AUGCAGGGAUACGCGUGGCUGCCGCGGCUGCUGGUUCGGGGCUUUGACCUCCCCAGCUGCUGCUUGCUGGGCUGGCGCGUGCAUGCAGUAGAGCUGCUGCGCGAAGGAGACCAGCAGCAGCAGCAGCAGCAGCAGCAGCAGCAGCAGAAGCAGCAGCAGCAGCAGCAGGAACAGCAGAAACAGCAGAAGCAGAAGCAGAUGCUGCAGGAGCAGGAACAGCAGCGGGAGAUGCAGCAACAGAAGCAGCAGCUGGAGGAGGAGGAGCUGCAGCAGCAGCAGCAGCAGCAGCAGCAGCAGCAGCAGCAGCAGCAGCAGCAGCAGCAGCAGCGGGGGCAGUUGUAUAUGCAGGCAGCAGACAGCGCUAGUGCAGCCAGCUGCUGCAGUCGAUCCCGAUCCCCGUCUUGGGACUCUUCUCGCUCGCGCUCUCCUUCACCAGCUGCUGCUGCAUAUCAGCAGCAGCAGCAGCAGCAGCAGCAGCAGCGCCGACAGUGUGCUGCUGUUUGCUGCUGCAUGCAGGGAUACGCGUGGCUGCCGCGGCUGCUGGUUCGGGGCUUUGAUCUCCCCAGCUGCUGCUUGCUGGGCUGGCGAGUGCAUGCGGUAGAGCUGCUGCGUGAAGGAGACCAGCAGCAGCAGCAGCAGCAGCAGCAGCAGAAGCAGCAGCAGCAGCAGCAGCAGCAGCAGCAGCAGCGGCAGCAGGAACAGCAGAAACAGCAGAAGCAGAAGCAGAUGCUGCAGGAGCAGGAACAGCAGCAGGAGAUGCAGCAACAGAAGCAGCAGCUGGACGAGGAGGAGCUGCAGCAGCAGCAGCAGCAGCAACAGCAGCAGCAGCAGCAGCAGCAGCAGCAGCAGCAGCGGGGGCAGGUGUAUAUGCAGGCAGCAGACAGCGCUAGUGCAGCCAGCUGCUGCAGUCGAUCCCGAUCCCCGUCUUGGGACUCUUCUCGCUCGCGCUCUCCUUCACCAGCUGCUGCUGCAUAUCAGCAGCAGCAGCAGCAGCAGCAGCGCCGACAACAGCAGCAAGCUGCUGCCAUCAGGGAAGCUGUUGAGAGUCUUGUUGAGGGGCUAGCAGCAGCAGCAGCAGCAGCAGCAGCAGCAGCAGCAGGGCAACCAAUGUCGUUGCAGUGGGUGUCGCCUCACUACCCCUUCGUCCGGCUGAGGCUCCGCAGACACCGCGAGGACCCUCACCUGGACCCGCAGCAGCAGCAGCAGCAGCAGCAACAGCAGCAGCAGCAGCAACAGCAGCAGCAGCAGCAACAGCAGCAGCAGCAGCAACUGCAGCAGCAGCAGCAGCAGCAACAGCAGCAGCAGCAGCAACAGCAACAACAACAGCAGCAGCAGCACCGCCACGAUGACGAUCAUCAUCAGCAUCAUCAGCAGCAGCACCAUAAUCAUAUCGACUCUCACAACCCCCACCACCACCACCACCACCACCACCAUCACCAUCAGCAGCAGCAGCAGGAGCAGCAGCAGCAGCAGCAGGGUUCAUCAGCAGCAGCCGAAGGAGAACAGAGUGUAUACGCAAUGCGUGUGAUAGUUUCUGUAUCUAUCGGGGUGCUGCAGGCCCAGGAUAUAUAUUUUGCGCCUGCACUGCCUUCUUAUAAACAAAUCGCCAUCAAUAGCUUCAAUGCUGUGGGGUGGAAAAAGGUACGCAGAGACAGAAACAAACGCAUCAAGGCUUUGCUGCUGCAGCAGCAGCUGCAGCAGCAGCAGCAACAGCAGCAGCAGCAGCAGCAGCAGGAACAGCAGCAGGAACAGCAGCAGCAGCCAUGUAGAGACAGAGCAACUGUCGUCUCUUCUCCGCAGCGCGAUCAGCAGCAGCAGCAGCAGCAGCAAAACGAAAACAACAACAGCAGCAGCAACAGCAGCAGCAGCAGCAGCAGCAGCAGCAGCACAGCAGCAAAACGAAAACAACAACAGCAGCAGCAACAGCAGCAGCAGCAGCAGCAGCAGCAGCAGCAGCAGCAGCAGUGGUGGUGCAUGUCUGCGAAUAAAAGAAGAAGGUCCUGUUGA